GCCUCGUGUUUAGUAACACUUCGAACGCUUGACGAUCUCCACAUGUGGGGAGAGUGCUGUGCCCGACGACCGCAGCAGCAGCAAAUCAGCGUAUUCUUUUCGUGUGUGUUUUGAGAGAGAGAGAGACCGAAAUACAGAGAGAGAUUGCAAGAGUGAGACAUAUAUAGUUUGCGCGUAGGACCAAAGGACCCAUCGAAGAUGUUACCCAGAGAUCUACGGCAUCUCUCGGGUCUUCUGGGAGCGGUGUAUCUGCUGGCUGGCGUUGUGUCCUUUGCGGAGGCGGCAAAGGAAUGCAAUACAACGCUGUGUGACUGCAAGGGCAUCAAAGGACGCAUGGGUGCCAUUGGACCGGCAGGUGUGCCCGGUAUGGAGGGUCCGCCCGGAGACACGGGACCGUUUGGACCGCCCGGCCCUCUCGGAGAAAAGGGUGAUGUGGGCGAGUACGGGGAGAUAGGCGAGAAAGGACAUCGGGGAGACGUUGGACUCCAGGGUCGAACAGGUUACCCAGGAGCAAGGGGCCCGCAUGGCGAAGAUGGUACGGCCGGACCCCGCGGCAUUGACGGCUGCGACGGUCGCCCGGGCCAGCAGGGUAUUGCCGGACCUCCCGGCGAUAACGGCCUACGUGGACCCAUGGGUAAGCAGGGCGUUAAUGGUGCUCCCGGCGACGCUGGCGAAGGUGGCAUCAAUUCCAAAGGCACGAAGGGCAGUCGCGGUGAGCACGGACCGGCUGGAUACGACGGCCCACCCGGUUUCGAUGGCGAUCGUGGUCAGAAGGGAGACACGGGCUUCGCCGGCAUCACGGGCGAGAAGGGAGACCAGGGACCCGCGGGAUUCAAGGGUGAGACGGGAGAGCCAUCUGACCUGCCCUACACACUGCAGGGUAUUCCUGGCCUCAAGGGUGAGCCUGGCGAGGGUGAGCCCGGCGCCUUGAUCUAUGACGACUCACUGAAGGGCUACAAGGGAUAUAUUGGUGAGACCGGUGAUGCGGGUCCGAAAGGGCCCUCUGGCGAGCAGGGACUGUACGGACGCGCUGGUCUGCCCGGUGGCAGAGGCGACACCGGUGAGCCCGGCGAACGUGGCAAGCCCGGAAAGGAUGGAGAGGCGGGUGUGCCCGGCGACAAGGGUGCUAAAGGUGCUCCCGGUUACAACGGUGAGGACGGACUGGACGGUCCCAAGGGAGAGUUUGGUGAGGAUGGCUUCGACGGCAUGCCCGGUAUUCAAGGACCCCACGGACCUCCCGGUAUCUACGACCCCAGCUUAAGUCAGUCCUUGCCUGGACCCAUUGGUCCCCAGGGUGACAUCGGACCCGUUGGAAAUCCUGGCCUAAAUGGAGUUCCCGGCAAGCCGGGUCGUCGUGGUACCCCUGGCCCGUCCGGAUCGCCCGGAGAACAGGGUUUGAGUGGCAACCGUGGACCGCCCGGCCGCAGCGUCAAGGGCGAAGAAGGUGACUACGGAUUCAUAGGACCUCCUGGGCAGCAGGGACCAGCUGGCGAGGCCGGUCCUCCCGGCCGUAUUGGCAUCCAUGGCGAUCCUGGCUUCAAUAUUCAGGGCCCCAAGGGUCAGGCCGGACUCAAUGGUCUGCCCGGAGGCGAUGGAUAUCGCGGCGAACGCGGCGAGGUAGGAUUGCCCGGUGACAAGGGCUUGCCUGGCGUUGGAUACAACAUAGUGGGACCUCCCGGCUCCCAGGGACCACCCGGAGUACGGGGUCGUCCAGGCGACGAUGGCCUUGCAGGUUUCCGGGGAUGGAUCGGCGACAAGGGUAUACGGGGCGACGACUGUGGCAUCUGUAAUGCCGGACCACGUGGGCCCCGAGGACACGAGGGCGACACUGGAUACCCGGGCCAGCAUGGAGAUCGAGGCCUCAUCGGUAUAACUGGUGCGCGCGGACCCAAGGGCGUGCAGGGAAGGCCAGGAAAACCGGGAUUCAAGGGUAUUCGCGGCACGCAAGGCAGUCCCGGAGAGCCCGGCCAGACAGGCAGGCCUGGUCCCGACGGCCUGAUCACAGAAAUCGGUAGUCGGAGAGUCCCCGACCGAGGCGAUGAUGGCGAUUACGGUCGCCGCGGCGAUCAGGGACUAGAAGGUGACAAGGGUCUGCCCGGUUUCCAUGGUGCUCCCGGUGCCCGAGGAGAGCCCGGACAACGCGGUGACUACGGUGAUGCAGGACGUUCUGGCAUAGAUGGACGGCCCGGUCGUCCCGGCCGAAAUGGAAAGCCUGGCCUCCAGCCCAACAUCCCAAAGAUAUACCUGGUCGGAGAGCCCGGUUACAAUGGACGCCGUGGAGAUCGCGGCGAUGAGGGCAGCCGCGGCCUGAAGGGCGACAAGGGUGAGCCCCAUCCCGGUGAGAUCUACGAUAAUCGAGGUGAACCUGGAGAUCUUGGUGAGCCUGGUCUACCCGGUUUUCGUGGACCCAAGGGCGAGAUGGGAGAGCCGGGCUUGGCUGGCGAUGUUGGAGACGCUGGACCGAUUGGUGAUACCAUUGAGGGACCCAUUGGAGCCAAAGGCUAUCCUGGCAUACCUGGCGACUACGGACUCCAUGGCGCAUCUGGUCUGCCUGGACUUGAUGGUGCGCCCGGCCUUGACGGUGUGGUCGGCUACAAGGGACAGCGUGGCGAGCCUGGCCCAUAUAUCUUACCCGGCGACAUCGGUAUACCUGGACGGCCCGGCAUCGACGGAUUACCAGGUGACGAUGGCCCGGCUGGAGCUUUCGGACCCCCCGGCAUAAGUGGACGCAAAGGAGCUAAGGGUGAAUUGGGACCGGAUGGAGCUACUGGAUUUACAGGACUUCCUGGAAACAAGGGCCAGCGUGGUGACUACGUAGUCGGCCCGCCCGGACCCAAGGGUAAUCCUGGUCGAACCGGUCGACUGGCAGCGCACGGCGUCAAAGGACAAAAGGGCGAGGUUGGCUUCUCUGGACAGAGCGGCCAGAAUGGGGCCAAGGGCAAUAUUGGCUACUCUGGCAACCGCGGUGCUCUCGGCAAUCCCGGACCCCAAGGUGUGCCUGGUAGUGCAGGCAUUGGAGGCCUUCCGGGUAUGAUUGGAGACAUGGGAGAUCGCGGCGACAUCGGCUUCGACGGACGUCCUGGUGACAUUGGCCCUCGUGGAUCAGUUGGAGACAUGGGACUGAAAGGUGUUACUGGUGAUGAUGGGAAGUUCGGUUAUCCUGGAGCUAGCGGUUUACCUGGCCGGAAAGGAGAACAGGGUGACCGCGGCUUCCCCGGAAGGCAGGGUGCCAAGGGCGUGGCUUCCUAUAGCGGCAUCAAGGGCGACGGAGGAGAACCCGGUUGGACCGGUCCACCUGGUUACAAGGGUGCUAUCGGCUUAAAGGGAGUGCGAGGAGCUAUCGGCGACUCUCCGAUUGCCGUUGAUGGCAGCCAGGGACGCAAGGGUGAAACUGGCAAUCCGGGAUACAACGGACUGCCUGGUCUGCAUGGACAGAAAGGUGUUCGCGGCGAUCGUGGCUUUAGUGGAAUGUCGGGCUUACAAGGACAAGACGGCGAGCAGGGAUUGGCCGGUUACCGUGGGCGCAAUGGAGCUCCCGGUCUCAAAGGAUCAGUUGGAGAAAGAGGUCCCACUGGCUCUCUGGGUCCGCAAGGAGAGAGGGGCGAUGACGGCUACCCGGGCCAAAUGGGACAGAUCGGAGACCAAGGUCGUCAGGGUGAGCCGGGUCCUACCGGACCCCAGGGACAGAUUGGAGACGAAGGUGAGGUGGGUUAUCCCGGCCGACUCGAGGGUUUCGGUGACCGAUACCUAUACCGUGGCUUCCCUGGAUCUCAUGGCGCACAAGGCGAGCAGGGACAGAAGGGAGUGCAAGGUCUGAUUGGAUAUCCUGGCGUCCAAGGAGCCAAGGGCAUAGUGGGUGACAUCGGUCUGGCUGGCCUGUCCGGCUUAGAUGGCCUACCUGGAGCCAAUGGAUUGCCCGGUGAGAAGGGUCUGAGAGGUCCACUUGGAUUGGCCCUUACAGCGGAACGCGGAGAGGAUGGUGUAAUGGGCUACGAUGGACUGCCUGGUCGUCCAGGCCGCAUGGGUCAAAAGGGUGCACCUGGCGAGCAGGGCGAGUAUGGUCUAAACGGUGAUAUUGGACACCGUGGCCCCGAAAUCCAAGGCCCGCCAGGCCCCCAAGGUGACAUCGGCUACCCAGGAGCUCCAGGACGCAAUGGUCAGUACGGGCAGACCGGUGAAAAGGGACAGCGCGGCAAUCUGGGACGUCAAGGAAAUGUUGGCGAGCCUGGAUUCGCCAUCUAUGGUCGUCAAGGUGACGUCGGUGACGUGGGCUUCCAAGGAGCGCCUGGCCGUGAUGGCGCCAAGGGAGAGAGAGGCUUCCAGGGCCGUCCUGGCCGCUACGGAGCUGUGGGUGCCCCUGGACCACGUGGCCUUACCGGCGAUGCUGGCUGGAGUGGCAUUGACGGAAUAGACGGUCUCUUCGGCAGAAAGGGUGAAGUGGGCGAGACCUACUCUUACAUCCAUGCCCAGAAAGGAGAUCGUGGCGAGCCCGGUCUGGAUGGCUUCAAGGGUGAGCAAGGCGAUGAUGGCCAGCCUGGUCUAGAGGGCGCCUUCGGCCUAAAAGGUAUGGCCGGCUAUCAUGGUGACCAGGGUGAGAUGGGCUAUGCCGGCGCCGAUGGACCCCCGGGACCACGCGGUGACAUCGGUGAGAUUGGCUUGACGGGUCGUCCUGGCCUCCGUGGUCAGCCGGGUGCCCCUGGCGACCCAGCUCCUCCGCCACCGAAGCCCAAGAGCCGCGGCUUCAUAUUUACUCGUCAUUCGCAGUCGGUAGUUGUGCCUCAGUGCCCGGCAAACACAAACAUGCUCUGGGAGGGCUAUUCGUUGUCCGGCAACGUGGCUGCCAGCCGGGCCGUCGGCCAAGACUUGGGUCAAUCCGGAUCCUGCCUGAUGCGCUUCACCACCAUGCCCUACAUGCUCUGCGACCUGAACAAUGUCUGCAACUAUGCCCAGAACAACGACGACAGCCUUUGGCUGUCCACUGCCGAGCAGAUGCCCAUGACUAUGACGCCCAUUCAGUCCAGGGAUCUCAUGAAGUACAUCUCCCGAUGCGUUGUGUGCGAGACAUCGACCAGGAUCAUUGCCCUACACUCUCAGUCCAUGUCCAUACCAAACUGCCCUGGCGGCUGGGAGGAAAUGUGGACCGGUUUCAGUUACUAUAUGACAACUAUGGACAACACUGGAGGCAUUGGCCAGAACCUGGUCUCACCUGGCUCCUGUUUGGAGGAGUUCCGUUCCAAUCCUGUCAUUGAGUGCCAUGGGCAUGGACGCUGCAACUACUACGAUGCUCUGGCCUCCUUCUGGCUGGCGGUCAUCGAGGAGCAGGACCAGUUUACCCAGCCACGUCAGCUGACCCUCAAGUCGGAUCCGACCAGCAAGAUUAGCAGGUGCACGGUCUGCCGUCGUCGUAGCGAUAGCUAUGUGACCCGAACCACAUCCUCCUCGUCUUGGUCUUCGUCAUCCGGAGCCGGUGCAAGGACCCCAUCAGGAGCUUCGCGAUCGGGAUGGAACACAGGAUCAGGAUCAGGAACUAGAUCUGGCUCUGGCUCGCAAUGGGCAACCGGAUCGGGAUCAGGAUCAGGAACUGGAUCUGGCUCAGGAUGGGCCACCGGAUCGGGAUCAGGAACUGGUUCUGGCUCAGGAUGGGCCACCGGAUCGGGAUCAGGAACUGGUACGGGAUCUAGAUCGGGAUCAGGCUCAUCCUGGGGAUCCCCGACCAGCUGGUCGGGUGGCUCAACAGCGCCCGACUAUCGGUCCGCACCAGUCCCACAACCGCCAGUGCCGCCACCGGCCAACAUCUACAACAUGAGGUACAACAACCGUCGUCCGAACUACAGCCCACAGCAAAGUUUCAGCAACCAGUACGCCCAGCACGCGAAUCCCCGACAGUACCGUCGGCGUCCGCGUGAGGACACCACCGCUCCCUAAAGGCAGGCCGCAGUUCGAGAACAGUUUACGUACUAAGUAGCAGUUAAAUUUCGUUUUAAGUCUAUUGCUAUCAAGCCGAUGCUUCUGUUAAUCAACCAACCACGAGCAGUGCCAUCUUUUGUCGAGUAUCCUCUGAGGAGUUGUGUAAUCUAAUUACGUGGACAAACCAUAAUAAUAUACCAAGUACCAAACGAAACCACCAAAAAAAAAAAGGGAAGAGAAGAUAAUUUCCACUGACCCUCGACUUGCCAUUAAAUGAUCCACCUGCAAUCUUUGCAGGAACUAUUGUAACAAUAACAAAAACCAAAAACAAAACCCAGUUUUUGAUAAAUAAAAUUUACACAACAUAAAACAAA